GUUUAAUUAUGUGUCCAAAUAACAUUUACGUUUGUUAAAGAAUGAAAUGACCAAGGUACUAUUAAAUUUUUUUGGGGUGUAUCGAAAUAUUUUAGUAUUUUUUUGAGUUCUGUUACUAGUUACUAUGAGUAUCUUGGGCGACGAUAUGUCAACUCUAGUUGUUCCAGUAUGAUCCUCCUCAAUCUCAUUCCCUCUAAUAAUUGCUUUCCAAUGAUAACCCAUUCACUUGGUACAAACCUCAAAGAUGGAACAAACAAGGAAGCUGAUGAAAGCUGUUCAUCAAAACGCCAACAACCCCAAACUAGCAUGGCAUCUCUUCAAACGAAUCCUAUCUUCACCUUCCUCUUCCACUUCAACUCAUCAUCUUCUUCCCACCAUCACCCGCAUCCUUCUAACCGCUAACAUGCACCGCCAAAUUGACAACCUCACCCAACUCAUCACUAACAACCACCCCAACAUUGCUCAUUCUUCCCUCAUUUCUAUUCUCCGUGUAUUAGCCCAAUCACCCCACAUCGAUUUCGCCUUUUCCCAUUUCAAAUCACUCAGAUCCCAAUUCCCAUCAACCCCUCUUCCUCUUCAACUCUACCAUAUCCUCCUCCGUUCAAGCCUCCAUCAUAACCGUCCACAUUUCGUUACUUCUUUAUAUACUGACAUGAUUCAAGCCGGUGUUCACCCCCAAACGUAUACUUUUAAUCUAUUGCUUCAGUCCCUUUGUGAAUCCAAUGCUCUUGACCAUGCACUCCAAUUGUUUGAUAGAAUGUCUGAAAAAGGGUGCCACCCAAAUGAGUUCACUGUUGGGAUUCUUGUUCGCGGGUUUUGUCGAGCGGGUAAAACCCAACAGGCUUUGGAGUUUAUUGAUAAUAAGUUUUGUAAGAAUGUUAACAGGGUUGUGUAUAACACUCUUGUGUCUAGCUUUUGUAAACAGGAUAUGAAUGAUGAGGCUGAGAAAUUGGUGGAGAGGAUGAGAGACCAGGGUUUGUUUCCUGAUGUUGUUACUUUUAAUUCUAGGAUAUCUGCACUUUGUAGAGCGGGGAAGGUUUUCGAGGCGUCGAGGAUUUUCAGGGAUAUGCAGAUGGAUGGAGAAUUGGGGCUUCCUAAGCCAAAUGUUGUCACUUUUAAUUUGAUGGUUAAGGGGUUUUGUCAGCAAGGGAUGAUGAAGGAAGCUAGUUCUUUGGUUGAAACCAUGAAGAAAGCUGGUAAUUUUGUCACUUUGGAGAGUUAUAAUACGUGGUUGUUGGGUUUUCUUAGAAAUGGAAAAUUGUUGGAGGCUCGAUUGUUUCUUGAUGAAAUGGUGGAUAAUGGCGUUGAACCGAAUAUUUACUCUUAUAAUAUUGUGAUGGAUGGGCUUUGUAGGAAUCAUAUGAUGUUGGAUGCCAGAAGGUUGAUGGAUUUGAUGGUGAGUAAUGGUGUUUGCCCGGAUACUGUUACUUACACUACUCUAUUGCAUGGCUAUUGUAGCAAAGGGAAGGUUUUUGAAGCUAAAGCUGUUCUUAAUGAAAUGAUUAGGAAAGGUUGUCACCCGAAUACUUAUACUUGUAACACGUUGCUGCAUAGCCUGUGGAAAGAGGGGAGAAAAUCAGAGGCUGAGGAAAUGCUGCACAAGAUGAAUGAAAAGUGUUAUCAGUUAGAUACUGUGACCUGCAAUAUAGUGGUCAAUGGUCUGUGUAAGAAUGGAGAAUUGGAGAAAGCAAUUGAAGUUGUAAGUGAGAUGUGGACCGAUGGAACAAAUUCCCUUGAUAAGGAAAACUCGUUUGCUGGUCUGGUUAGCUUGAUUCACAAUGUAUCAACCAACAUGCCUGAUGUGAUCACUUAUACAACCUUAAUUAAUGGACUUUGCAAGGUUGGGAGGUUAGAGGAAGCCAAAAAGAAAUUUAUUGAGAUGAUGGCGAAAAACUUGCACCCUGAUUCUGUGACCUACGAUACGUUCGUAUCGAGUUUCUGUAAACAAGGAAAGAUAUCAUCAGCUUUACGUGUAUUGAAAGAUAUGGAGAGAAAUGGUUGCGGAAAGACUAUUCAAACAUAUAAUUCAUUGAUCAUGGGGUUGGGAAGUAAAGGGCAAAUAUUCGAAAUGUACGGUUUGAUGGAUGAGAUGAGAGAAAGAGGAAUACGCCCAGAUAUUUGCACUUACAAUAAUAUGAUUAGUUGUCUUUGUAAAGGAGGGAAAGCAAAGGACGCCACUUCUCUUUUACAUGAAAUGUUGGAUAAGGGAAUAUCUCCCAAUGUAACUUCCUUCAAAAUAUUGAUUUUAGCCUUCUGCAAGUCUGGAGAUUUUAAAGUAGCAUGUGAACUUUUUGACGUAGCUUUGAGUGUAUGUGGCCACAAAGAAGCCUUGUACAGUUUGAUGUUCAAUGAAUUACUUGCCGGGGGGAAACUCUCCGACGCAAAGGAGCUAUUUGAAGCUUCGUUAGAUAGCUCUCUCUUAGUAAAGAAUUUUAUGUAUAAAGAUUUGAUUGACAGACUUUGCAAGGAUAAAAGGUUAGAUGAUGCCCACAGCCUUCUUCAGAAAUUGAUUGAUAAGGGCUAUGGAUUCGACCCUUCAUCAUUCAUACCAGUGAUCGAUGGCUUAAGUAAAAGGGGAAACAAACAACAAGCUGAUGAACUAGCAAGAAUAAUGGAACUAGCUUUAGAAGAUAGAACUGCUGAUAGGAUUUAUCGAAAUGGAAAAACCAUCUUUCGUCGAAAACUCCACAAAGAUGGUGGAAGUGAUUGGCAGGAUAUAAUUAACAGGGAUGUUGGCAGUGGAAUUGCAUUGAAAACUCUGAAGCGUGUAGAAAAAAGCUGGGGUCAAGGAAGUAUAUCAAGUUUGCUGCCUCAAAAGAAUGAUUUUCUUGAUUACUAUGAUGGUUAAUGUUGGUUUUUUGAGGUUGUUUUCUUUUUAUUUCAACCCCAGAGAUGGGCAGAGGAGUGAGUAGCAAAUAGUUAAAUGUAAAGGUUUGAGAUUGGAGAUAUUGAAGACCUCUUUGUAAGUAAAGCAAGUUUUCAUUCUUUAUCUAUCAUUCCUUUCAAUCCUAAGAUAAGCCACACAAAUAUUAAUUCAAAGCCCACUAUUAGUUCCGUGAGCAUUUCUCCAUCUUGUAUGUACACACAGUACAGUGAAUAUUAACUUGCUGGCAAGUUACCAGAAAAUUUGUUUGAUA